UCCACGGAGUGCAGUGCACUGUUUAUUUACGCGCUUUAUAUAAAUGUGCAUUACAUUGUAAUUCAGUACAAACAAUAUUGUUCUUCUGGUUUAGCAGUAUUAGUAACGAUUUGUAAAAGAAAUGAGUGAAAGAAAAAGAGAUUAUCCCAGCGGCGCUGAGAAAAGAAAAAUUAAACAGAAAAGGGACGAGGUUAUAAAAAAAGUGCCCAAAAUUUCUUCAUUUUUUCAGAGACAAGAUACUGUGAGUGAUUUAGAUUGGAAAGAUUCUUCUGAAGCAUGUUCUUCGUCACAUAUCCAUCCGGAAAUAGAAGAAAGCCAAGCACAUACUUUAUCGGAUGUCCAUCCAGAAAUCGAGGAACCCCAAGUCAACGAUUCUGAUAUAUCUGCAGAUAAUGCAGAUUGUAAUAUAAUUUCAUCAGAUAGAGGAAAUUUUGGUGACAAUUUAACUGAAUGCGAACGAAAAAUAAUUUUUUAAUUGGGUCCAUUUAAACCACAAGGACCAUUUCCAAAAGUUUCAGAAAAUAACCGACCUUUUUCAGCUUAUUAUUAUUCAUAUUUCAAUCAGGCAGGCAUAAAAAUUAUAAGACCAUGGUUGUUAUGUUAUUCUAACGUUUUAAACAAACCGUACUGUCACUUCUGUUGGUUAUUAGCAGAUCGUCAAAACAAAUCGUACUCCUCUGCUUGGGUUAACGGUGUUUCGGUUAGAAGCAAUUUCACACAAACUAUUCUUGACCAUGAAAAGUCACAGCAGCAUAUUAGUGCCUCACUCUCUUAUAAUAAUUGGUUGCAAGGAAAUACCAUCGAUGAUACUCUAUUGAAAAGUGAAAUCGAUAGUAAAAUUACAUUCUGGAGAGAUGUACUGCAUCGUAUAAUUAAUGUUAUAAUUACUUUAGUAUCUUGUAAUCUACCUUUGAUUCUGAUUCUGGCAAUUUUAUGGCAAUUUCACGUCUGCUAUCUAACUAUGAUGCAACUUUAAAAGAACUUUUUCUAAAACCGAAAGGUGAAAUAAAUUAUUUAAGCCCUACGAUUCAAAACGAAAUUAUUAGUUUGCUUGGUACUAACGUUAGGAACAGUAUUAUCUCAGAAAUUAAAAAAGCUCCAUUUCUGACAAUAAUUCUGGAUACAACACAAGACUUGUCAAAAAUUGACCAACUAUCUGUUGUUUUUCGAUAUAUCUCGGUUACAGAAAAUGAUGAUAAUGUGCCUAAAGAAAUAAAAAUCUGUGAGUCCUUUUUAGGAUUCAUAGCAGUAACCGAUUGCAGUGCUGCAGGUCUGAAAACUGUCAUUUUAAAUUUGACUAAAGAAUAUGGAAUUGAUUUGACUAAAUGUAUAGGACAGGGAUACGAUGGAGCAAAUGUUAUGUCGGGUGUGUAUGGAGGAUUACAAACCCUAAUAAAAGAGCAUGCUCCAAAUGCCGAUUAUGUUCAUUGUGCUGCGCACGCUUUAAACUUGGUUUUGAACGAUGCUGCGAGACAUGUUCGUGAAGUAUCGACUUUUUUCGAUAAUUUAGAAAAAAUAUAUACUUUUUUUGGCAAUAGUAUAAAACGCUGGGCUAUGCUAAGUGACGAUUCAUCUGAAAAAUAUUUGAUUACCCUUAAAAAGGUAUGUCCUACCAGAUGGUCUUCUAGGAACGACGCUUUAUUAGCAGUAAAGAAAAUUUUUUUACUAAUCAUGAAAACUUUGUACCAACUCAAUUUAAUUUCAAAUAAAAAAGAGGAACGUGAAGAAUGUAAAAGUAUAAUUAAUAUUUUAGAGAGUUUUGAUUUCUUAGUGCUCGUUACAUUUUUUUCUUCACUAUUUGAAAUUAUUAAUCCUAUUUCUAAAGCUCUACAGCAUGAAAAUAAUGAUUUACAGAAAUCUAGUAUUUUAUUAAGUAAUCUUUUAAAUAGACUGUGCCAAUUAAGAAAUCAGAAUUCAUUUAAUAGUUUGCUAAAUGAAUCCAAACAUUUAGCAAAAAAGUGGGGGGUAACAACUGUUUUUAAAAACAAGGCGAAAGAUAACGAAGCGUUUUUUUGA